ACAUAACCUAACCUGUUCUCGCUUUUUGUUGUCGUAUAGCGAAUUUUGUUCAAAAAUAUACAAUCUAAUGAGUUUAAUUUUGCAAAAUUUUCACGUGACACACGUGGUAGUAUAAAUACUUGUCGCGCAAUUAUUCUAACGUGUCUAUAGAUAUAAUCAGAGGUGAUUUUUCACUUCUUUCAUUGAUUUAUUUAUACGAUUUAUACGUCUGCCAUAAUCCGCGAAGCCCUGUUUCUCCUGUAAUCUCGUAAUACUGUUAUAGUGAUUGUGAAUGCACCAGGUAUAGAUUCGACGAAAUGGCUCGCCGAGAACGGGGUUUAUUUCGGGAAAUCUUCAACAAUUUCGUUGCAUCCCUGGCGCCAAAUUUCGGCAGACGCAAACUAAUUGGCGAAGAUUACUUUGGCACAAAAUACUUUGAAGCUGCACCUAGAAAGGGUUCUACAAAAAAAGCGGCUCGAAGUUUCGAGCCCGUUAACAAGAACGAUUUUUCCCAGGAAAUACCAGCCGAAUGGGAGGCUUGGCUGAGAAAUCGGAGACGAGAACCGCCAACGAAAGAAGAGCUGGAGAAAAAUUAUGAAAUAAUAUUAAUGAAAAGAAAAAAUGCGUCAAAGUCAGAGGAAAUUUGUGUGGUAAAAGAAGUGGAAGUUACCAAAUUGGCACCACCACCACCACCAGCUUCCGAUACUGGUCCAGAAACGCCGGGAGGUUAUAAAAUUUACCAAGAAUACAAAAAUUUUGGUAUAAAUUACAAACCUAAACGAAAGGAUUAAUUCUGAAACAGAAUCUUGUAAAUAUUGGUAGGUGCGAAUACAAUAAUGCUGAUAAAAUUCAUUAUUUCAAUGCAAAAAAGUUUUAUUUAUUUUUUUUUUUCAUUAAAUAUUAUGUAUAUUCCAGAUCUGUGAUGUCAAAAAUUCACAUUACGAAAUUGUACUUUUUCGCUUCGUAACUUGAUUCAAUUAAACAUCGAGAUUUGAAGA